AUGACUAUCAAACUACUGUACGGACUUCGACAGAGCGAUGAACAAUCCCUGGAAAGUUUUCAAAUUUAUUGGAGAGAAAUUCAUGGACCAUUGGUGGCAUCGUUCCAGACAGUACUUAAGAUGACCAAAUAUGUCCAAACCCAUCGCACCCCCGGAGAGGUGGAUGAAAGCGUACGAGCGUUACGUCGUGGCCUUAUCACCAAAGAGCCCGUCUACAACAUUGUGGAUCACUAUUGGUUCGAAGGCUCUGCGAGCGAUGUGGUCGAACGUUUCAGAUCAGAACAAGGUCAAAAUGCUUGGAAUACGAUCAUUCAGUCUGAACAAAAGUAUAUCGACUUUGGAAAGUCUACCCUCUUCUUCAUUCAGCCCAGGCUGAUCAUCCCACCACGCGAGCCGCGUCUACAUGCCUCAUCAGGUAGCACCAUAUACGUCUGCAACGCCUUUCCCGAAUUUCUGAAUCAAGAAGCUUAUGAUCAUUGGUAUGAUUGUCAUGCACCCAUCACCCAAAGGCUGGCCGGCGCUAUGUUUUUUGCCAAGUACAUCCAGGACCACCCGCGAGAGGCACCAUUUAUCAAAGAGAUGAGAGCCCAGAGGCGGAUUAAACUGGAAUCAAAGUAUGAUUUCUGCAGCAUAAUGCAUUUCGAAACCGGGACCACCAAUGAUGCCGCAUUCCAAGCAGCUGUGACAGAGACCAGGACCGAUGAAGAUAAGGGCUGGCAGGUUCCAGGUUGUAUGAAUGUAUUUAUGGGAAAAGAAUACUUUAUUAUAGACAUACAUAGGAUGAGCUACUAG